AUGGGAAAAUUUGAAUUAAAUUCAGAGGAGAGCGAAAAGGUUUGCCAGUCAUUUUCAAGAUUAAAAAUUCAAGUUAGAGAAAAGGGGUUAUUUAAAGCAGAUAAUAGCUAUUUUGCCAGAAAAUUUAUUGAAGCAAUUGGUCUCAUUUCUUUUUCACUUUUUCUACAAUCUAAAGAACAUUUUGUAUUAUCUGCACUUUUUAUGGGUUUGGCAUGGCAACAAUUGGGGUGGAUGAUACAUGAGAAUCAUUGGUGGAAUGAUUGUUGUGGUUAUGUUUGUGGAAAUUUCCUUCAAGGCUUUUCUCUAGCAGGGUGGAAGAAUCAACAUAAUGUACACCAUGCUGCUACAAAUAUAGACGGUAGAGAUGGAGAUUUGGAUUUACUUCCUUUAUGGGCUACUGUUGGAACACAUUUGAUGAGAUUAGAAGGCAAUUCUUUAUGUGCUCGAUUAAUUCCUUUUCAACACUUAUAUUGGGCUUUUGCACUUCCUUUGCUUCGUCUUUCUUGGCUUUUACAAACUUUACAAUUUGUUUUUAGUAUGCAAUCAAGUUUUUAUAAUGUUGGGAAUUUUUUAAGUUUCAAAAAAAUUUUUUUAAAGAUUUAUAGAGAAAGAGCUUUAAUAGAACAAUUAACAGUUAUUGCUCAUUGGACGUUGGUAUUGACUCAAUAUUAUUUUUUACCUAAUUAUCAGGUUCGUCUUGAAUAUUUUUUAAUUUCACAACUUUUUGCUGGAUUUUUACUAUCACAUGUAGUUACUUACAACCAUUAUUCUACUGACAAAUUUCCACAUAACGACCCAAUUCUAAGUAAUUAUGCUUGUCUUCAACUUUACACAACUCGAAAUAUGAGACCGGGUUUGGUAAUUGAUUGGCUUUGGGGCGGAUUGAAUUAUCAAAUCGAGCAUCAUUUAUUCCCUACAAUGCCUAGACAUAAUCUCAAAAAGGUGAAAGAUUUUAAAUUGAGAAUUUGUUGUUAUUUGUAGACUGCCCCGGACAUUCUCGGAAAUGUUUUUUGUGAUUUUUUUGAUACAGUCGGAGAACAAAAAAUUUGUUGAGAUCGGAUCUCAAACAAAAAUUUCAGUUAUCGAUAAUUGAUAUUUUUCGAGAAAUCUUGAUUCUCGUACGACCAUUCCAGUCCUGUCUUUUCAGGUCUUCUCUAGUUUUCGGUCUUUUCGGGUCUUCUCUCUGUUCUUCUUCUCCUUCCAGUCCGGUCUUUAGUCAAAACCUACAGCCUCAGGGUUCUUGGACAAAAUCUGGA